AUGAAAAUAUAUUGGGGGUUUGGGAGUCAAACCUCCAAACCCCCGCGGCUGUUUGGGAGUUGGAGACCCAUUGGAGCAUCAUAUGGAUCUCAAUUACAUCAGCCGGAUCAAGGUGUCAAGGUCUCAUUUAUCUGUCGUUCAAACUACAAAGAGGUCAAGGCAAAUGGCAUGAAGAUCAAAACUGCCGAACUCGAAGCAUCAGGAAACAGGAGGUGGUGGGACUACGUGAUCCUCUGUACAAAAGUCUUUCCAGACCGAGUGGACAGCUCAGCAUUACUCUCGCCCCUCCUUGCAGUAGCCGACCAUGAUGACCGGCCUCCACCAACUUUAGAGCUGAUUCAGAAAGGGAUAGGCUUCAAGGAUCAUCAUUGUCAGAGACAUCCCAAGGUACCCAUCCUCAGCGUUGUCACCAUUGUCAAUGCAGAACAACUCAAACCCAGCUUGGUCAGGCAGAAUCACUGGACUUGGAUCAGUAUAGGCCCCUAUCUGAAUUUCUCAUCUUACCUGGAACAUCCCCAUCCUCAAAUGGAUCCUCAACCAGAGAUGGUGAAGAGCCCGCAGCUGCGCUCACAUCUCAAGGGAUGCAUGGAAGAGAUAUUCAAGGCGGCGACAAAGAUCUUCAAGAUCAAGAGAUUCCCAGCAAAAUUUGCAAGCAUCCAGCGGAUCUUAGAGUCAACCGAGAGAGCAGGCAAACAGUCAACAAUCAAACCCUCAAUGUUGGUUGACUGGGAACUCGGGAGGCCGCUCAAGAUCAAGGCCAUUCUGGGAUUUCCAAUCCGAAUUGCCGCUCGUGCUGGCGUCAAACUUGCUUGGAUCCAGUCCAUGUACACUUUCUUAACUCAGCUACAACUCGCUCGCUUGCAAAAGAACGGCUUGAAUCAAGCUAGGAUUUAA